UAUAUAUAUAUACAUAUUGUAUAAUUGUUUUUAGUGUAUAAGUUUAAUUGGUUUAUGAAUUAUUUUAAAUUUAUUCUUGAAGAACAGACUCCCACUAUUGGUUAAGGCCCAAAACGCAAUUAACCUAUGCCAUGAUAUAAAAUUUGUUGCAGGUUUGUCGUGCCUUGGUGAAGCUCUGCAAUUUCAAUUCUUUUUUUUUUUAGUCAGCCAUUUGCCCUGUGUGCUAAGCGGUAAUAAAUUGUUAAUGGUCAUUUAUUGCCAUUGGGUAAACACGCACAAAUAGCUCUCAUCUGCGCUAGUGCGUGUGUAUUUUAUGGUCAGGAAGAGGCUACCGUUACUUGGCAACGAAAACGAUGUUGGGAGUGUGACCAUGGCACCCCAGCUCUUUGCCCACUACUUGCCACCAAUCAUCCCUAAAUGGCAAAUUUGUAAAUUUGCUCAUGGAUGACUGAUGCUCAUAAUGACACUAUUCCCUUUGCACCACCUGCGUCACACCAUACAUGGGACAUGAAAUAUGUCUUUUCUAUGGAGAGUUUAUGGCCUCAUACAUAUAACCACAGCCCAUUUUGGUUCGGGUUUGUACAAAUGUGCAGGUUCAUUUUGAGUGGAAGAGGUCUUUACUCCGUUCUUGAGCAGUAAUAAACGCGGGCCUCACUUGCUACCAAUCGGCUCAUGUGCUGAUCUAAAUUCGAACUGUUGAUCCUCGGAGGAAGUCUGCAGCCUCUUUUUAGUCAACCAUUCAGGUUACACAUAAAGCAGUAACAAAGCUGCCCCCACUCGCCACCUAUAGCAUCAAAGUAAAUUGUGCUUAUGGUGUACAACAACAACAACCUGUCCCCGUCCCCCAUUGAGGCCUAUUGCACCACCUGUGUCACACCAAACAUGGACAUGAAGCAUCCAUCCAUCCAUCCAUCCAUUUUCCGAACCGCUUGAUCCUCACUAGGGUCGCGGGGGGUGCUGGAGCCUAUCCCAGCUGUCUUCGGGCAGUAGGCGGGGGACACCCUGAAUCGGUUGCCAGCCAAUCGCAGGGCACACACAGACGAACAACCAUCCACACUCACAAUCACACCUAGGGACAAUUUCAGAGAGUUCAAUCAGCCUGCCACGCAUGUUUUUUGGAAUGUGGGAGGAAACCGGAGCACCCGGAGAAAACCCACGCAGGCCCGGGGAGAACAUGCAAACUCCACACAGGGAGGCCGGAGCUGGAAUUGAACUCGGUACCUCUGCACUGUGAAGCCGACGUGCUAACCACUGGACUACCGGGCCGCUGGACAUGAAGUACUGCAUGUUUAUUUAAAAAUUUCCAUUGCCUCUUUUUCUUGUUUUAGUUUUGUCUGAAAGUAUACUUUUAAAGUGCGUGUUUGUGGAUGGCCAUAAAAAGGCCACCAAUCAUCCUGAAUUUGAUCCAUGCAAAAUGUGCUCAUGGACUCUCGCGCCACCUGUGUCACACCAAACAUUAGAAGAAUGCAGUAAUAAUAAUAAAUGAUAACCAAAAGCUUCACCAGGCACCUCCUGCGUUGCUGGACAUUUUCCCUCCUCGUCAGCUGCUCUGCAAAUGAUUGACCGAUGGAGCUGGGCCCCUCCACCCGGCCUCCUCCACCGCCACACCUGGAGGGGCUCAAACGUCAACUCGUCCCCGGGAAUGGCGCACCGCAGUUCGGCCCCGAGAGUCAUCGCCCGUCGCUGGGUGCUGCUGGCCGCAUGGCUCGCCGCUUGCCCGGCGCGCGCCUCCGCCAAGUCCGGCGCGGGCAUUCGGACGUGGGCGCGCUUCAAUAAGCUCCCUUACCCGGGCGACAAGGCCUUUCUGCACGGCACCUUCCCGCCGGGCUUCAUGUGGGCGGUUGGCACCGCCGCCUACCAAGUGGAAGGCGCCUUCGACAAGGACGGCAAGGGUCCGUCCAUCUGGGACACGUUCACGCGGGACGGCAACCGCAUGGCGACGGGCGACGUGGGCAGCGACAGUUACCACAACGCCGCGGCCGACGUGCGGGCUAUUCGCCAGCUGGGUGUCAGCCACUACCGCUUCUCGCUGUCGUGGCCGCGUAUCUUCCCCAACGGAACGCGCGGUAGCCUCAACGAAGCGGGCGUGCGCUACUACCGCGGACUGUUGGCCCGGCUCAAGGAGGCUCGCGUGGAGCCGGUGGUGACCCUUUACCACUGGGACCUGCCCGACGCGCUGCAGCAGCGGCUGGGCGGGUGGAGCAACCCGGACAUGGUGGAGGUGUUCCGAGACUACGCCGACUACUGCUUCCGGGCGUUCGGCGACGACGUCCGCUGGUGGAUCACGAUCGACAACCCGUUCGUGGUGGCUCGACACGGCUACGGCACCGGGGUGGUUGCCCCGGGCGUCAAGGGUGACCCCGACCUGCCCUACAGGGUGGCCCAUGUGCUUCUCAAGGCUCACGCGGCGGCCUGGCACACGUACGACCGCAACUACCGGCGAUGGCAAGGUGGCCGCGUGUCCAUAGCGCUGGCGUCCCACUGGGUGCGUCCGAGGCGGAUGCGCGCAGAGAGCCUGCGAGAGUGCCAGUGCUCACUGGAGCACGUGCUGGGCUGGUUCGCCGGGCCUCUCUUCGGCGACGGCGACUACCCGGCCUGCAUGAAGGCCCGCCUGGGCGCCAGGUUGCCGACCCUGGGCGACGAGGAGCGGCGACGCCUCCGGGGCACGGCAGACUUCUUCGCGCUCUCUCACGGCGCCACCCUCAGCUUCCAGCUCGUCAACGACAGCCUCAAGUUCGGCCAGCAGGAGGAAUUAGACCUGCGAAUGCUCCUCUACUGGGUCAGCGCCGAGUACAACUGGCCCGACAUCUUCGUGGUGCAGAGCGGAUGGUUCGUAUCAAGCAGCACCAAGACUCAGGACCCCAAGCACAUGUACUACUUGAAGAGGUUCAUCGCGGAGGCUCUCAAAUCCAUCGCCGUGGACGGCGUGAAGGUGGUGGGCUACACGGCGUGGUCGCUGAUGGACGGCUUCGAGUGGCACCGCGAGUGCAGCAUCAGGCGGGGACUUUACUACGUCGACUUCAAUACGCCCGACAUGAAGCGAGAGCCCAAGACCUCGGCCACCUUCUACAAAAACGUGAUCCAGAGAAACGGGUUUCCGGAGCUUCCGGAGAACCAACCCGCUCAAGGAGUUUUCCCGUGUGACUUUGCCUGGGGGGUCUCCGCCAAUUCCAUCCAGGUGGAAAGCUCUCCCAGUCAGUUUGCGGACCCCAAUGUGUACAUGUGGAACAUGGACAAUGGUGAGCUGACCCGCCUGGAAGGCCACGUGGCGCCACCUACACACCGCAACGCGCACUGCGCCGACUACGUUAGCAUCAGACAGCAGGUGGAUGAAAUCCAGGCAGUGGGUGUGAGCCACUUCCACUUCUCCCUCAACUGGUCUGCGCUGGUGCCGGCGGGCGACGUCGCGCGGCCCAACGCCACCCUCCUGGGUUACUACCGCUGCUUCAGCCACCAGCUGCUGCGCGCCAACGUCACGCCCGUGGUCACCCUGUGGCACCACACACGCCAAGGCAGCAGUCUACCGGCGCCCCUCGACAGCCCCAACAGGUGGCUCAAUAGGGAGACUCCGGACUUUUUUGCCGACUACGCGCGCUUGUGCUUCCGCGAGCUGGGCGAGCACGUGAAGAUGUGGAUCACGCUCAACGAGCCCAACGAUGAUAUGGUGAGCUACCAGGAAGCUCAUCAGAUGCUGCGAGCCCACGCGCUCGCCUGGCGCGCCUACGACCGAGAAUUCAGGCCCGCUCAGGGUGGUCAGGUGUCUCUUGCCCUGCACAUGGACUGGGUGGAACCAGCCUUCUCCUUCAGCCGCGAGGACGUGGAGCCUGCCAAGAGGGUUCUAGACUUCCGGGUGGGAUGGUUUGCCGAGCCGAUCUUUGGAAGCGGAGAUUAUCCCAUGGGAAUGAGGAGCUGGCUGCGACAACUCAACUCACUCGAACUUCCGGUGUUCAACAAAGACGAUCGUCAGCUGGUGAAGGGCACGUACGACUUCUUUGCCAUCAGUCACUUCAGCACUGAACUGGUGACGCACGCCAAGGAGGACCCGUACACGUACAUAUCCGAGCUGGAAGUGCAGCACAUGGUCGACACCACGUGGAUCAAGUCGCCCCGCCCCGUGGUCCCGUGGGGCCUGAGGAAGGCUCUCAACUGGGUCAAGGAGCACUACCCGCGCGUGCCCGUCUACGUGAUGGCCAACGGCGUGCAGGAGGACCCGGCCCGCUUCAAGGAUAGCCUGAGGGUCUUCUACGUGUACAACUACAUCAACGAGGCACUCAAAGCGUUCACCCUGGACGGCGUGAAUUUGAAGGGCUACUUUGCGUACGCCCUGAGCGACCAACGCGACCCGGGCUUCGGCCUGUACGGCCACGUGCACGAGGAGGCGGUGGCGAAGGCGUCGCUGGCCAAUUAUCGUAACAUCAUCCGCCACAACGGCUUCCCUGUGCAGGGGGCGCCCGCCCAGCGGUGCCCCCUCGCCGACCGGCCCUGUCCGGGCUGUCGGGUUCUGGCCAAGCGGCCCGUGGUGGGCUUCCUGACGCUGCUGGGCUCAGCCACGCUUAUCACGCUGGUUCUCGUUGUCUACUACGCCUCCAGGAGGCACAAAGAUGCUUACUGAUGACGGAUCGUCUAACGUGUGUUUUGCAUUUAGUAGCUUCUAGAAGCACUUUUUGUUUUUGUAACAAAAAUUUUAUUGCAGUAAUGUUCUUGUGUUCUCAUGCACUUUUCAUUCAGCCCGUUUCCACCAAGCACUUGACUUUGAUAUUCUCUCUUUAACAAUUAUUGGUAGCUUACAGUUGGGGGUGAAUGUCACUCACCUCCGGUUACAUGAACAAGAGCUGGAAAAUAUCGUAGAGUACUGAAAUAAUUGAUGACCAAUUUGUACCACUUUACGGUACCCCAAAAAGCGGCAAACAAAAUCCAAGAAAAAAAAAUAAGUCAGAAUUAAUUUUCAAGAAUAAAACAUUAUUUUGGGGGGUUGUACUAAUGAAGUGACAAUGACUUGCAGUGACGUGCAAAGUUACAAAUAAGUUACUGAUUUUUUUUUUGUAUCCUUUCCCAUUUAUUUGAACUCACUUUCACCAUCAAGGUCAAUCGCUCCCAGUUAAAUUUGCACAACCACAACGUAGAGCGUGUACACCGUCCCGGGUGCUCGGAGGGAACGUGAUUAGCAUAACUAGCUAAUGAGCAAUGGUGAUUGUUUGUCAUCUGUUGUGUAUUUGUGUCGAGGUAAAUAAAAA